UGCAUUAGAGCACACACACGGGCAAGCCACAUGCUUUUUACUUUUCCAUAGUCAAAGGAAUAAGAAGUAGUUUCCGUUUUUAGUACUGUGUUGAGAAUUAGAAUGAACAAGCCCAAAAUUGUCAGACCAGAGGAGAGCCAGCCAGCACAUUCAGUGUGGUUUGACAGAAAGAAAUAUGUCACCAUCAACUUCAUGGUUCAUAAACCUAAAGAUGUCCAGGUUGAUAUCCAGCCAGACAAAAUGAUCUUAUGCUGCAAAAAUGACACAGAUGAUGUAUUCUAUAAUGAGCUGCACUUCUACGACAAAGUCCAAAUCCAUGACUCCAGGGAAAGAGUCUAUGACCGCACCAUCAAUGUCUUGCUAAGGAAAGUGAAGCCCGAUUAUGCAUGGCCUCGUCUACAGAAGGAUCCCGCUAAGCCCAGUUGGAUUUCUGUAGACUUCGAUAACUGGAGAGACUGGGAGCAUGAGGAGGAUGAGGGAAAGGAGGAGUACGAUAGAUACAUGGAUAUGAUGCAAGAAAUGGCUACCAGUAAUAAAGGAAAAACACCGGAUAUGGGUGAUCUUAGUGAUUCUGACUGAGACUCACAGUACCUUCUCUCCUGUGAUUGCUGAAGCUUUUAAUAUUUGCUGAUGAUCUGAUGAGUUAUUGUCCAAAGUACUGUUUUUACAUAUGUAAUGUUUUCUAUGAGAUUAUUUAUUGUCCACUGUACACUGACAUAUCAUUGUCAGUUUUAAUAAAAAUAAGAUGUAUCAGUCAUGAUCUGGUGUUAUGGUGCUUGUGGGUUACAUCUUUUAUGUUAACAGGCUAGUAAAUAAAGGGCUUAGUACUGGAGCGUGGAGGUGGACUUGGCAGAACAUGGCUGUUGGUUUCAGUAACUCCAGAAGAUGGCAGUAAUGAAGCAAUAAGGAUGCCAGCCCCAUUCAUUCAUUCCUCAUUCUAUUCUUGGUGGAGACGCGCACUGGCAACACUGGCCACGCAGAGAGACACAGCUUUUGUUUUUUUUGUUUUGUUUUUAAAUUAAUUCCAUAAAAAUGCUUUAAAUGCUCAUGAUAUAUCAGCAGAUGACAUAUCUUUUACAUAACAGCUGGUGAUGGUAAUGUGUAAUGUUUUUAACCACUUUUUUGGAUGGUGAUGUGUUGAUGUAACCCCAGUUUUUUUGCUAUGCUUCCACUUUGUAUACACUGCAUGUUAUGUUAGCUUUUGCAAAGUGUUCUACCACAUAGUUUAUGUAUUUGAUCUUGUUUUAUGUACCCUGUCCUAAAAUAAAAACAAUGU